AUGAGAACUACUGAUGUCAGAUUGGACCCUAAAUUGAACGUUGCUUUGUGGAAGAGAGGUGUGCAAGGUGUUCCAUACAGAAUGAGAUUGAGAAUCUCUAGAAAGAGAAACGACGAGGAGGAUGCCAAGGAGAAGUUGUUCGCUCUCGUUGAGCCAGUCCAUGUUGCUUCCGUCAAGGGUUUGCACACCACUGUUGUUGAGGAUGACGAAUAA